CUCAACAUUCUUUGAGUCCAUCAAGUGUGCGUGGACAAUGUUACGAUGGGGCAAGUAAUAUGCAAGGUUCUUGAAUCACUUGCUCUUGAUGCAAGGAGUAUGGAUGAAAGAGCCAAGGCAAUGGGACAUCUUGAAGCUUGUCAAACAUUUGAGAUUGCGUUUAUGUUGCAUUUGAUGAGAGAUGUCUUAGCAAUCACAAAUGAGCUUAAUAAAUGCUUACAAAAAAAAGAGCAAGAUAUUGCAAAUGCCAUGCUACUUGUUGAAGUAGCAAAGAGAAGGUUGCAAGUCUUAAGAGAUGAUGAAUGGGAUUCUCUUAUUGCCAAGGUAUCUACAUUUUGUAUCAAACAUGAUGUUUUGAUACCUAACUUUGAGGAGCCAUAUGUUAGCUCUUUAAGAUCCCGGCGGAAACUUGCUAACUACACAAUCUUACAUCAUUAUCGUGUUGAAGUAUUUUGCAAUAUCAUUGAUUGACAACUUCAAGAACUUAAUGAUCGU